AUGUCAGCCGCAAGCAAAUCCGGUAUAGUUCUUAAUACAUCAAGUGUAUCAGCACAACUACUACUCAAGAUUUUUAGGGAAAUGUGGGAAAAAAGGAAAGCUGCCCUCCUUGAAGGGAACAGUGAUUGUGCUCGGUGCUGGCGAUACUGCUUUUGAUUGUGCCACCUCAGCUUUCAGAGCCGGAGCUACAAAAGUAAUUGUGGUAUUUCGUGAAGGGUUUAGCGGAAUCCACGCUGUUCCAGAAGAGGUGGAGGCAGCUCGGGAAGAAAAAUGCGAAUUCAUACCGUUCUGUACUGCUAUAGAUAUCAAGAUUGAAAAUGAUAAGAUCCAGUUUGUGCAAUUUGCGAGGACAGGGAGAAAUGACGACGGAAGUUGGUAUGUGGACGAGGAACAAAUGAUGCUAAUCAAAGCUGACUAUGUUAUUACUUGUUUUGGAUCUUCUUUGCAGGACAAAGAUGUAAUUGCUGCGAUGUCGCCUGUAAAGGUAAACAAGGGCGGUUUCGUUCAAGUUGACAAAAACAAUCAGACAACGAAUGUCCCAUGGGUAUUUGCUGGUGGUGAUGUUGCCGGAGUAGCCGAGACAGCCGUUGAAGCUGUGAAUGAUGGAAAAGUAUGUAAUUUAGUAACGUUAUUGCUACAGCUCCAAGAAAUUAAAAUCGAUGACAACAAAGCACGGAAUUCGAUAUUUUGA